AUGCGGCGGCGGCUGCUCUUGCUGCGGAGCCUCCUGUGUCUGGUGCCGGCUCUGGUGGGACCAACUUUCGGCUCCCGCCCUCGGCUCGAAGACUUUUCUCCAAGGAUAGUCGAGCACCCCUCCGACCUCAUCGUUUCCAAGGGGGAGCCGGCAACGCUGAACUGCAAGGCGGAGGGGCGCCCCACCCCGAUAAUCGAAUGGUACAAGGAUGGGGAGCGGGUGGAGACGGACAAGGAGGACCCGCGAUCCCAUCGCAUGCUGCUGCCUAGUGGCUCCCUCUUCUUCCUGCGCAUCGUCCAUGGCAGGAGAAGCAAGCCAGACGAGGGCGUGUACGUGUGCGUGGCCAGGAACUACCUGGGCGAGGCCGUGAGCCGGAACGCGUCGCUGGAGGUGGCCAUUCUGCGCGAUGACUUCCGGCAGGCCCCCAGCGACGUGGUGGUGGCGGCAGGCGAGCCGGCUGUGAUGGAGUGCAUCCCGCCCCGGGGGCACCCUGAGCCCACCAUCUCCUGGAAGAAGAACAGCAUCAGCAUCAGCGAUAAAGACGAGCGCAUCACGAUCCGUGGGGGGAAGUUGAUGAUGUCCAACACCAGGAAGAGCGACGCUGGCAUGUAUGUCUGUGUGGCUACCAACAUGGUGGGGGAACGGGACAGCGAGCCGGCCGAGCUGGUGGUGUUUGAGCGCCCCACGUUCAUCCGCAGGCCCAUCAACCAGGUGGUGCUUGCUGAGGACAGCGUGGAUUUCCACUGUGAGGUGCAGGGGGACCCAGUGCCGACGUCCCGUUGGCGCAAGGAGGAAGGGGAGCUGCCGCGGGGCAGGGCAGAGAUCCAGAAUGACAACACCCUGCGGAUCAGCCGGGUCAGCGCUGAGGACGAGGGCACCUACACUUGCGUGGCAGAGAACAGCGUGGGCAAGUCGGAGGCCUCUGGCUCGCUCAGCGUCCAUGUUCCACCCCAGUUAGUGACACGCCCUCGGGACCAGAUUGUAGCUCAGGGCCGCACCGUGACCUUUCACUGUGAGACCAAAGGAAACCCGCCGCCGGCUGUGUUCUGGCAGAAGGAGGGCAGCCAGAUCCUGCUGUUCCCCAGCCAGCCCCCUCAGCCCAUGGGCCGCUUCUCCGUGUCCCCGAGUGGCGAGAUGACCAUCACGGAGGUGCAGACAGCAGAUUCCGGGUACUACAUGUGCCAGGCCAUCAGCGUGGCGGGGAGCAUCCUGGCCAAAGCCCUGCUGGAGGUGGAGGAUGUGACAUCCGACCGCAUCCCGCCAAUCAUCCGCCGAGGGCCCGCCAAUCAGACGCUGGCCGCGGAUGCUACAGCCCAGCUGCAAUGUCAUGUGACCGGGAACCCGCUGCCUAGCAUCCAGUGGCUGAAAGAUGGGCAGCAGGUUGUGGGCAGGGACCCCAGGGUCAGCCUGUUAGACAACGGGACUCUGCAGAUCACAAACGUGCAGGUGAUGGACUCUGGGCUGUACGUCUGUGUCGCUACCAGCUCGACGGGGGAGACAACAUGGAGUGGGGCCCUGGCGGUGCAAGAGACUGGGGCUGACCUCCAGGUGCAGCUCUCCGAGCCAGGCCACCUCCCCGGGCCCCCCUCAGUGCCGCUGGUCACCGAUGUCACCAAGAACAGCGUGACCCUGGUCUGGAAGCCGAGCCCCCAGAGAGGGGGUGCUGCAACUACCACAUACAUCAUUGAAGCAUUCAGCCAGUCCGCAGGCAGCACCUGGCAGACCGUGGCCGAUAACGUGCGGGUGGAGAAGCACACGGUGAGCGGCCUGAACCCCAACACCAUCUACCUCUUCCUCAUCCGCGCCGCCAACGCCUACGGGCUGAGCGACCCCAGCCCCGUCUCGGAGCCGGUGCGCACGCAAGACGUCAGCCCCACCAGGCAGGGGGUGGAUCACCGGCAGGUGCAGCGCGAGCUCGGCCAGGUCGUGGUACAGCUGCAGCAGCCCGUCAUCCUCACCUCGACCACCAUCCAGGUGUCCUGGACUGUGAAUCGCCAGGCCCAGUUCAUCCAGGGCUACCGGGUGCUGUACCGCCCGCGGGGCAGCGCCUGGCUGGUGCAGGACGUGCCGGCGCCGGCCCAGCGCAGCGCCGUGCUGCUAGAGCUGCACAAGGGCCAGGAAUACGAGAUCAAGCUCCGCCCCUACUUUGACGAGUUCCAGGGCCUGGACAGCGAGGCGCUGGUGGUGCGCACGCCCGAGGAAGCCCCCAGUGCCCCCCCUCAGGCGGUUUCCGUGGUAACAGUGGGCAACAGCACCAGCAUCAGCGUGUCGUGGGAGCCGCCCCCCGCCGGCGAGCAGAACGGCAUCAUCCAGGAUUACCGGAUCUGGUGCCUGGGGAACGAGAGCCGCUUCCACAUCAACAGGAGCGUGGAGGGCACGGUGCACUCAGCGGUGCUGCAGGGGCUGGUGCCCGGAGUGCUGUACCACACCGAGGUGGCCGCUGUCACCAGCGCCGGCGUAGGAGUGAGGAGCGCGCCCGUCACCAUCCAGAUCAAGCCUGCUCUGGACCAGGGCUCGGUGCCCAUCAGUAGUGGGGAGAACGUGAGCCUGGCCGAGCAGAUCACAGACGUGGUGAAGCAGCCGGCCUUCAUCGCGGGCAUUGGCGGGGCCUGCUGGGUCAUCCUGAUGUGCUUCAGCCUCUGGAUCUACUGGCGCCGCAAGAAGAGGAAGGAGCUGAGUCAUUACACAGCCUCCUUUGCCUACACGCCAGCAGUCUCGUUCCCGCACGCAGAGGGGCCGGCCCGCGGCAACAGCAGACCGGGCAUGCUGGCCAUGGCCACCAGCGCCUCCAACUACCCCUGGCUGGCGGACUCGUGGCCCGCCCCCAACCUGCUGCGCAAUGGGAAUGCCAAGGAGCCUGGCACGAGCUGCUGCACGGGGAUCCACGACGCCACGGAGAGAUAUUACAAUGAGGCCGGGAUUUCCAACUACCUCGCCCAGACGGAGAAGUUUGGGGCGGGUGCGUCGGACGGGCCCAUUUACAGCACCAUUGACCCUGCCAGCGAUGAGAUGAGGACCUUCAACAGGGCCUUCUCGCAGCACACCACGCCUUACGCCAGCACGCCCCUGGUGCCGUAUGGGGUGCCCAGCCUGCCCUCCCCUGACGCGGAGGAGAGCCCGCGGAGCCCCCAGCCUGGCCCCUCCGGCAGCCAAUACGCGCUGCCGGAGCGUAGCAGGGCUGAGCAGGUGGCGAAAAUCGGCAAAGCAAAGUCGAUGGGGAAGCCGGUGAAAACGCCCUCUCUGAACUGGACGGAGCUGCUGCCCCCUCCGCCUUCGGCCAGCGAGCUGAGCCAGUACGCGGAGGAGGAGGAGGAGGAGGAAGAGGAGGAGGAGGAAGAGCUGGCUGCCAGGCGCGAUGAGAUGAGAGCUGCCGAGGACAUCCCCAGGCUGCAUCACUUCGAGAUCCCCCACCUGCCCCGGCGGUUGCCAAACGGCUCAGGGGCCUUGCCCAGGGCCCCGAGCCCUCCCCUGACCCAGUCCGACCCAAAUCUCAAUGCCCUUGCGGACGGGGCCGAUGGCCACACACCCAGACAAGGUCACAGACGCAACCUGAGUCAGACCCCAGCGCACAGUGCUGAGAACGUCAGUUCCCCAAGCCCAGGUAAAGCCUGUCCCGCCCCCGGUGACGUGUCCCUCCCCGCGGCACAGAAAACGAGAACGAAGAAAAAGGCCAAGUCCAGCCACUACCGCCGGGAGAAGAAACAGGGAGAUCUGCCACCGCCCCCACUGCCACCGCCCAGCGAGGACCCCGGGGCCUCUGCUCAGCCCCCGGCACCACCACCGGCCUGCGGCGCCUCCUCUCUGGAGAGGGACGUGAGCGGUGCCAGCGCCACAGAGCGGAGAGCUGGCCAUCGGACCGCGCCGGGCCAGCACCAGCACCGAGACGCGGAGGAGAUCGUCCCGUACAGCAGGCCCACCUUCCUCUCCAGAGGCCAGGUGUCAAGCAACUGCUCCACGACCGGCAGCUCCUCCUCCAGGGGCUCGACGGGGUCCCGGGGCCACGGCUCCGGCCGCAGCAGGACAGCCGGGGACCGGAGUGAGGAGAAGAGAUGAAGCCAGCGGCGCUGGCUGAGUGAGCGGACGCAGGCUGAGAGCAGGGCUCUGCCCUGAGAUCUGGGCUUUGGUUUGGUUUAAUUGAUGACACAGUGACUGGAGCCAGGCGGCCCAGUCCCUUGUAAAUAGGUGGGGUUGGGAGCGGCAGGCCAGGGCCCAGGCAGGCUGUUUAUACCCAGGACACGGGGCUCGUGGGUGAGGCCUGCAUGGGCCCGUUCAGUACCAAGCCGGCAGUUCUGCAAAGGAAGGUUUGCGCCCAGCAGGGCAUGGGCAGGCAGCUGGGGCAGGACCAGCCCCCAGCCAGGCGCAGAGAGCAGCCCACCCGCACGGCACGCGUUGCCCACGGGGCACUGCCAGCCCAACCAGCCCCUCGUGUGGGCAGGGGUGUUUUUUGGUAGCUAAUGAACCCUUUUGUAAAACAACCAA